GGCCCUGCGACAGACUGGCGACCUGUCCAGGGUGUACCCCGCCUUCGCCCAUUGGCAGCCGGGCUAGGGUCCGGCACCCCCGCGACCCCGAAAGGGACGAAGCGGUCAGGAAGAUAAAUGAAUAAACGAGGUUCAUUAGAUAAUUCAUACAAUCCUACCCUUUAAAAUGUCAGGACAGUUGGAGGGGUAGGGGAAGAAUUCAGAUUCAGUCCAAUACGCUGGAAAUAAUAGUGUUUGCAUAUUUAGACAGUCUAAUAAAACUUGACAUCUCGAGCCAUGAGGUCCUCCAUUGGAAAUGCAUUACCUCCUAACUCCAGUUAUUUUGGUCUCAAACCUACCAGCACAGACAGAAUGGAUGUCAUUGUUGAUGAUUCUCCACAGAGUGGACCAGCAGAGCUCAGAGACUCCCAGUGGUCCGUCUGUCCAGCAGCAUCAAACACAGCUGGACUCCAUAUUUCUGCUGCUGGAGGACAACAUUGUUAAUUUUGUGAAGAAGGAGCUGAAAAAGAUCCAGAAGCUUCUGAGUCAGAGGGAGGAUGAGGAGGAAACGGAGAAGGAAGAUGAAGAUCAGAGGAGCAGCAGAGAGUCACUGAUGAAGAUCACAGAGAACUUCCUGAGGAGAAUGAAGCAGGAGGAGCUGAUUGAUCAACUGCAGAACAGAUCUCUUGCUGCAGUUUGUCGGCAUCAAGUCCAAUCUAGCCAGAAGGAGAAGUUCCAGUGUGUGUUUGAGGGAAUCUCUAAAGAAGGAAACACGACCCUUCUGAAUGAGAUCUACACAGAGCUCUACAUCACAGAGGGAGGAACUGGAGAGCUGAAUGAAGAACAUGAGGUCAGACAGAUUGAAGCAGCAUCCAGGAAAGCAGACAGAGCAGAAACCAGCAUCAGACAAGAAGAGCUCUUUCAACUCCCAGCUGGAAGACAAGAACCAAUAAGAACCGUGAUGACAAAGGGAGUGGCUGGCAUCGGGAAAACAGUCUUAACACAAAAGUUCACUCUGGACUGGGCUGAAGGCGAAGCCAACCAGAACAUCCACUUCAUAUUUCCAUUCACUUUCAGAGAGCUGAAUCUCCUGAAAGAGGAGAAGUUCAGCCUGGUGGAACUUGUUUAUCACUUCUUCCCGGAAACCAAAGAAGCAGGAAUCUGCAGCUUUGAAGACUUCCAGAUCAUCUUCAUCUUUGAUGGUCUGGAUGAGUGUCGACUUCCUCUGGACUUCAACAAGACUCAGAUCCUAACUGACCCUAGAAAGUCCACCUCAGUGGGUGAUCUGUUGACAAACCUCAUCAGGGGGAACCUGCUUCCCUCUGCUCGCCUCUGGAUAACCACACGACCUGCAGCAGCCAAUCAGAUCCCUCCUGGAUAUGUUGACACGGUGACAGAGGUCAGAGGGUUCAAUGAUCCACAGAAGGAGGUGUACUUCAGGAAGAGAUUCAGAGAUGAAGAGCAGGCUAGAAGGAUCAUCUCCCACAUCAAGACAUCCCGAAGCCUCCACAUCAUGUGCCACAUCCCAGUCUUCUGCUGGAUCACUGCUACAGUUCUGGAGGAUCUGCUGAAGAGCAGAGAGGGAGGAGAGCUGCCCAAGAGCCUGACUGAGAUGUACAUCCACUUCCUGGUGGUUCAGGCCAAAGUCAAGAAGAUCAAGUAUGAUGGAGGAGCUGAGACAGAUCCUCCCUGGAGUCCAGAGAGCAGGAAGAUGAUGGAGUCUCUGGCAAAACUGGCUUUUGAGCAGCUGCAGAAAGGAAACCUGAUCUUCUAUGAAUCCGACCUGACAGAGUGUGGCAUCGAUAUCAGAGCAGCCUCAGUGUACUCAGGAGUGUUCACACAGAUCUUUAGAGAGGAGAGAGGACUGUACCAGGACAAGGUGUUCUGCUUCAUCCAUCUGAGUGUUCAGGAGUUUCUGGCUGCUCUUCAUAUCCACCUGACCUUCAUCAACAAUGAAGUCAACCUUUUGGAAGAACAGCAGAAAAAGUCAAAGCUCUUUAAAGUGAAACAAAGCACCUCAGUCCAGUUCUACAAGAGUGCUGUGAAGAAGGCCUUACAGAGUCCAAAUGGACACCUGGACUUGUUCCUCCGCUUCCUCCUGGGUCUUUCACUGCAGACCAAUCAGAAUCUGCUACGAGGUCUGCUGACUCAGACAGGAAGUAGCUCACAGACCAACCAGAAAACAGUCCAGUACAUCAAGAAGAAGAUCAGUGAGAAUCUGUCUGCAGAGAAAAGCAUCAACCUGUUCCACUGUCUGAAUGAACUGAAUGAUGGUUCUCUAGUGGAGGAGAUCCAACAGUUCCUGAGUUCAGGAAGUCUCUCAACAGAUGAACUGUCUCGUGCUCAGUGGUCAGCUCUGGUCUUCAUCUUACUGUCAUCAGGAGAAGAUCUGGAAAUAUUUGACCUGAAGAAAUACUCUGCUUCAGAGGAGGCUCUUCUGAGCCUUCUACCAGUGAUCAAAGCCUCCAGCAAAGCUCUACUGAGUGGCUGUAAUCUGUCAGAGAGAAGCUGUGCAGCUCUGUCCUCAGUUCUCAGCUCCCAUUCCUCAAGACUCAGAGAUCUGGACCUGAGUAACAACAACCUGCAGGAUUCAGGAGCGAAACAGUUGUCAGCUGGACUGGAGAGUCCAGACUGUGAACUGGAGACUCUAAGUCUGUCAGGUUGUCUGAUCACAGAGGAAGGCUGUGCUUCUCUGGCUUCAGCUCUGAACUCCAAUCCCUCCCAUCUGAGAGAGCUGGACCUGAGCUACAAUCAUCCAGGAGAGGCUGGAAUUAAGUUGCUUUCUGCUGCACUGGAGGAUCCAGACUGGAGACUGGACACUCUCAGGGUGGAGCCUGCUGGAGCCCAGUGGUUGACUCCGGGUCUGAAGAAGUAUUCCUGUCGCCUCACAAUCGACAUAAACACAGUGAACAGAAACCUCAAACUGUCUGACAAAAACAGGAAGGUGACCUUUGAGGAGGAGCUUCAGUCAUAUCCUGAUCAUCCAGACAGAUUUGAUCAGUGGUAUCAGCUGCUGUGCAGAGAUGGUCUGACUGGUCGCUGUUACUGGGAGGUUGAGUGGAGAGGCCAAGUUACAAUAUCAGUGAGUUACAGAGGAAUCAGAAGGGAAGGAGUUAGGAGUGACUGUUUCUUUGGGGAGAACAAUCAGUCCUGGAGUCUGUUCUACUCUGAUUCUGAUGGUUUCUAUGUCUGGCACGAUGACAAAAAGACACAAAUCUUCCCUUCCUCUUCUUCCUCCUCUUCCUCCCUCAGAGCAGCAGUGUAUGUAGACUGUCCUGCUGGAACUCUGUCCUUCUUCAGAGUUUCCAGUGACUCACUGAUCCAUCUUCACACCUUCAACACCACAUUCACUGAACCUCUUUACCCUGGAUUUGGGCUCUGGUCUGAUUCCUCAAUGGUUCUGAGUUAAGUUCAGUCUUAAUGUUCUGGUUCUUUUAGAGGAAACCAGAAAAUCACGUUUCUCUUUGUUUUGUUAUUUUUGCACACAAAAGGCAAUUAUAUGAUUACAAACUAGACAUAGACUUUAAUACCAAAUCCAAACUCUUCCUCUAACCCUCCAGCUUCUAGCUACCCCUCCAAUUGUAGGGGGAUUUAAAGGGGUAAAAGGGGACAAAGCAAUAUUUUAAUCUGUCAAACAAACACAAAAGCCGAGAGCUUCUUGUUUUGGAGAGUUAUAUUUUGACAAAUGCAACUUUUUUGUGUGGGGCUGUAUUGUAAAAGAGAAGAGAGAGAAAAAGUGUAUAAAAGAGAAAAAGUUGUGUAAAAUGUCAGUCUUUGUAAAACAAGGAUUUGUUGUGAUGCUCCAAACAAGCGACAUUUCUGUCUCUCACAGUCCUGUAACUUUUUUAACUGUUUAACAGCGGAGGUGAAUGAAGCAUUGUCACUUUUCCACAUCAGCCUUCAUGAACGAGUGAUUUAGCUGAACAGGCACGAUAGGAAAAAAAGUUUGUUUGACACGUUGUAAUUAAAAUGUUGUAAUAAUGACUGUAUUUUGAAGCUGUUUCUGUGAGAUGACAGUUGGAGCAAUAUGAGCUUGUGUCUAUGGAUGGAAUGUGAGUGCAUGAAUUUAAUCUGCGAGCUGUUUCACAUGUAUGACUAAAAAAUACUUUCUGUUAGGCCAAAUGUAAAUAUAAAAUGUGAACACGUUUUGAAAUUAAUACCACAGCUGAUUGCCACUCCAUUUACUGAGGGUGAAAAAAAAUUUAUGAUGCUGUCUAACUGAGGGAAAUUUAUAUUGCUAUAAUUUUCAAAUUAUAAAAAAGUAAAAAUAUUUAAUUUUAUAUGCAAUAAAAGUAGCAUCACAGAAUGACCUUACAUAAGUUACUCAGGUUUUGUGUCAUAAUGUUAAAACAGAUGAAUAAACCAAAAACGUGUUUGUUUGUUUUUUUUUUUAUGUUAAUAGCUGUGAACUUCUUAGAAUAGAUAGAAUAGAUUGAUGUUGUUUUGUUCUGGCGUAUCCAUAACUAUUUCUAUAUGUAUGAUAUACCACAAAAGUAGUACUUUAUGUUUCAAAGAAGCAUAGUUCUAAUACUAUUUAAGCUAUUUCCCUUCUGAAAUAUUGUUAUGAAAGCACUUUUUUGAGUUAAGUGUGUUUAAAAAGCUAUUUGACCUGCUGUUUGUGAACUAAAUAAAAUUUCUGAUCUAAUGGAAAGGAUUUGUAUUUCUUUGUGCUA